CGUCUCUCUUUGACGCGCUUACCCGGAAGUUGUUUUUGUUCGCCCUCUGACGUGGCACGGUGUGAUUGGCUGACGGCCGCUCAGAGGGCUCUCUGGGAGCUGCGGGUGGGAGUCCGCCGGAGAAUCGGAUACUAGAAGGAUGAGGCUCCCCGGAGAUUAGGACACUCCGAAAUCCGAGAGGAGACACCGGGUCCUUCACGGACUGAGCGCUGUGCACCGUGACGUGCGGGAGAGAGAGACAGCCGGGGUUGGGGGGAGAAGAGAAGACUCUCUAAGAUGAGUAAGACGCCUCCGAUUCGUCCUGGAAUCACUUUUGAGGUUGGCGCUCGGUUGGAAGCGCAGGACUACCUGCAGAAAUGGUAUCCAUCAAAGAUAGAGAAAAUAGAUUAUGAAGAGGAGAAGAUGUUGAUCCAUUUUGAACGCUGGAGCAGUCGAUACGAUGAAUGGAUUCACUGGGACAGCAGUCGUAUUCGUCCUCUUGAAAGACCGGCACUACGGAAAGAAGGACUGAGGGACGAGGAGGAGGACAUUGUAUGUUUCCAGUCUCCUGAUUUUAAAGAAGGAGAAGAGGUUCUAGCUCGUUGGACGGAUUGUCGGUAUUAUCCUGCCAAGAUCGAGGCCAUAAACAAGGAAGGUACCUAUACGGUGCAGUUUUAUGACGGGGUCAUUCGAUGCUUGAAGAAGAUGCACAUUAAGUCUAUGCCAGAAGAUGCCAGAGGCCAGGAUUGGAUAGCUUUAGUCAAAGCCGCUGCAGCCGUAGUCAAGAACAAGGCUGCUAACAAACCAAGGACCAGCGUCAACAGCAAUAAAGAAGAGAAAAAAAUGCAAAAAGGGUCUUCAAAAAAGGAAGAAGUCGUCACUAGUAAACCUCUGGAAUUAUUCCACAAGGAGGAAGAGCCAACGUCCAGCCAGAACCUGGAAAUUGCAUUAGAAGAAGUACCGAAACUUUCCCUUCAACAGCGAGAAGAUGAGGCGUUACUAAAGAGGAAGAUCAGCCAAGCCAGCUCCUUUCAAGCAAAGCGUGCCCGGCUAAACAAAAUCACAGGUUUAUUGGCCUCGAAAGCUGUGGUGCUGGACGAUGCAGAAAAGAAGCAGCAAGCCACUGAAAAGCCUGCGAAGCAGGAAGAGGCCAUUGCUCCCAAACCGCAGAAUCAAAUUGAAGCAGAUAAAUGCCAUUCUAUUAUGACAGUGAAACCCUCGCUGUUGCCGCCAACUUUGUCUUCCGGGAAGUUUCGCAGCAAGAAAGACAAACAGGAGUCUGUCGAUGCCUCAGGGUGUAAAAAGUCCCCAUCAUUAUCCUUUACCGAUCCGCAGCUAAAUCAAGGUAUGCCACACAACGCAAAUCUUUCUAGGUCGUCUGGACGUAACAACCAAAGGCGGCGAUCUCGGCGACUUACAUCCGAAACAUGUGGCGAUGUUCUCCGCAUACCUUUCAGUGAAGCAAAAGGCCUUCUGAGUUACUCACAGACUCCGCAAGACCUUUCCAUAGCCAAGGUACCCGAUGUUGCCUUUGUGCCUCAGGAGAAGCUUGAACCACUUGACCUAAGCCGUAACGUGGAAAUUACAUCUCCCAUAAUCCCAGCAUCCACUUUCCACAUUGACUGUCUCACAAAAGAAAAGGAACACUUACAAUUGAUAACCUAUUCUCCAAAAGCAAUAGCUGAUGGCAAAAUAGCCUCAACAUCAUCAGUCCUGGAGUCUCCCCCGCUCUCCUUACACACCACCUUGACUUUAUCGAAUAAUAUGAAGCCCCCUAAAGCAAGCAAAAAGAAGAAAUCCCCCGGUCUCACGAGCACAGACAUGAUGGUGACAUCGACUACUCCUGCAGCAGAAAACAAACUCUCUGAUAGUUUGCAAGAAAAGAUAAUAAAGAAAGUGAACGACAAGGACAAGCAGCCGGAAAUUGGAGCCAUCAAAUCUGAGAAGAAAGUAAAGACUGAAGACAAAACCUCUUCUGCGGUAGGUAAGAAGAAAGAAAAAGACAAAGAGAGGAAAGAGAAGGAUCACUCAAAGUCCAAACAAAAGAAGAAGAAAAAGAAGAAGAAGAAAAAACAUUCAGACUAUGAAGAGAGUACCCUGGACUUUUUGGAUAGAAGCUCCUCUCCAGUUAUACGUUCAUCCCCCAGUGUAGUGGGUCCAAACAAUACAUUGACAGUAAAGAAUACAACCUUUCAGUUCCCAUGUGCCAUCCUGUCUGUGGAUCUUACUGGAGAAAAUCUUUCUGACAUGGAAUUCCUCGAUGACUCCUCUACUGAGAGUCUGAUCCUCAGCGGGGAUGAGUACAACCAGGAAUUCGACUCUACGAACUUUGAGGAGUCUCAGGAUGAAGAGGAAGGCAUCGGCGAAAUCGUAAGAUGUGUGUGCAAGAUGGACGAGGAGAACGGCUUCAUGAUUCAGUGUGAGGAAUGUCUUUGUUGGCAGCACAGUAUUUGCAUGGGAGUUCCGGAAGACAAUAUUCCUGAGCAGUAUAUCUGCUAUGUGUGCAGCGACCCACCAGGUCAGAGAUGGAGCGCAAAAUACAAGUACGACAGAGAUUGGUUUAACAACGGGCGCAUGUGCGGCCUCUCCUUCAUAAAUGACAACUACUCCUACCUGAACGCCAAAAAGAUUGUGUCCACGCACCACCUCCUGGCUGACGUGUACGGCGUCACCGAGAUACUUCAUGGACUACAGCUAAAAUUUGGGAUUUUAAAGAACAAAGACCACCCAGACCUCAGACUGUGGUCCCGUCCCAUGAAGCCUCGGGAGUCAAAUCAGGGAAAAGGCACAUGUGGACUGAACCAUAAAGGGCCAACAAACAAGCUGGAUAUGACGGAAGAAACAUAUAUAGUGAGCGAGCACAGCUACCAAAAGCCCCAGGGCUCCGGCGGUGACAACAAAAUGCAGAACGACACCGGAAAGUCUGAGGACAAUAAUAGCGUAAUUCUGGGCGGCCACAAGAGUAACUUACACACUGAAGCAAAAAGAAGAUUAUCAGAUCAUAUAAAUAUGGAAAGGAGGACUGACCAGGCUGUAUUGGCAGAAGUGUGUAAUGACAAGAAAGUAGCGGAGGAGCAGCUGGACACUCACCUCCAGUGGCAGCUCAAUCUUCUGACCCACAUAGAGAGCGUCCAGAAUGAAGUCACCAGCCGCAUGGACCUCAUAGAGAAGGAAGUAGAUGUCUUAGAGAGCUGGCUGGAUUUCACCGGAGAACUGGAGCCCCCCGACCCCCUGAUGAGACUGCCGCAGAUAAAGAAACGCAUCAAGCAGCUUUUAAUAGACAUGGGCAAAGUUCAGCAAAUCGCCACACUCUGCUCCGUAUGACGAAAGAGGAGACCGAGGGAAUUUGGCUACUGCCAUGGGUUGAACUAUUUUCUUACUUAGGAUACAAAGUUUGUACAGAUUUUAAUGACAUUAUAAAUAAAAUAUAUAUUAUAUUA